AUGCUGUCUCCGAUGAAGCCGUCUGCUCCGUCGGCAUCACUGCUGCGGUUCUUGCACUCACAGUCCCGCUCCGUGACCAGUCUGUCGGCAUGCGCUCCCACAAAACGUGCCUCGAGUCAUAACACCCUCACAUUAGGAUCAUUGCGAAGAUCCUCGGCUUGGAUUCGCCCUGACAAGUCACGAUGUGCUGCUACGCUCAACACAAGGCUCUCGAUCACGUCAUCCAGACCGAAGGCUGAGAUAUCCCCGCGCACGCUUGAACAAUUAAUCAUUACUCGGCCUGCCUCCACGGCCCGUCGGCCGUUCCUCAAACGCCUUUUCGAUCUCCGGAAAAGCAAGACUGCCGAGUAUAAGAACACUCAGAACGGACCCGCUUGGAUUGAUGAAGGCACAGAUGGAAUAUUCAACAUUGGGCGUGGAUUGGCCGCUAAGGCCUCGAACGAGUUGCGGAUUCGAUGUACGGAGUUUGACAAUAAUGGUAAUGUCACGCUCGUGAAUGGAGAGUUCCGGAAAUUGGAACUGAUUGCCAAGUACGGCCUUCUUCCUCGAGACCUGCGCAAAAUCGAUUCUUCCACCCUACCCCAUAUACUUGUCCGACCAAGCGCCAUUCUAAUCAACCUUUUGCAUUUACGAGUCCUCAUCAAAGCCGAUCGUGUCCUUGUGUUUGAUGCCUAUGGAUCGACCGAUUCGUACAUGCAGUCCCUUUUCAUUUAUGAUCUGGAAGGGAAACUACGUCAAAAGACAUCGCAGGUUGCGCAGGCUGGUCCGGCUUUGCCUUACGAACUUCGCGCUUUGGAAGCUGUGCUCAUUAGCGUCACAACUGGCCUGGAAGAGGAGUUCAAUGGUGUGAGAGAUCCUGUCGUGCGGGUACUGAGAGCGCUCGAGGAGGACAUUGAUCGUGAUAAACUCCGGCAUCUCCUGAUCUACUCGAAGAAGCUCGGUACCUUUGAACAGAAAGCUCGGUUAGUCCGAGAUGCUAUUGACGAUCUUCUUGAAGCGGACGAUGAUCUCGCUGCCAUGUACCUUAGCGAAAGGGCGAAGGGCAAAGAACGAGAUGAGGAUGAUCACCAGGAAGUGGAAAUGUUGCUGGAGUCAUAUCACAAGGUUUGUGAUGAAAUCGUCCAGGCCAGCGGUAACUUGGUGACCAACAUCCGCAAUACUGAAGAAGUGGUCAAAGCCAUUCUCGACGCGAACCGCAACUCCCUUAUGCUCCUCGAUCUUAAAUUCAGCAUCGGCACCCUGUCCCUCGCCGCAGGAACAUUAUUCUCCGCUCUUUACGGAAUGAACUUGAAGAACUUCAUUGAAGAAUCCGACUUUGGCUUUGGCGGUGUCUCUGUUAUCUGCUUCGCCCUCACUGCAAUUGUCAGUGUCUAUGGUCUUGCUAAACUACGCAAACUCCAGCGUGUCCGCAUGUGGGGUGAAUCUGGCGUUGGAAGCACUUCUUUGAGCCCGUUGACAACGAGGUGCGGUGCAGUUGGGCAGCGCGCUAAUUGGCGCGCUGAUUCCAUCGAACCUGUUUGGGGUAGUCUCCCUGGCGAGGCACGAUCUGAACGUAUUGAACGAUUGCGAAAGAGCGCUGCCGCAGCCGCAUCGAAUUCCGCCUCCAGAAACGCUGCUGCUUUUGCUUCUCGAGCUGGUGCUGCGGCUGCAGCGCAGACUUCAUCCUCGGUUUUUGAAAAUGCCUUGGAUGCUGAACGUAUCAAGGCCGACAAAAAGACGUCUCAAUAG